CAAGCUAGCAAGCAUAAAAAGGGCAGCAACUUGGAGCUUCUUCAGCAGAGCUCACCUACAAGUCCAGCAUGUCUAGACUCUCUACUCGGUCAUCAGAGUCCACCAGCAGGCGCGGUGGUUGGAUUACUUUCCCCUUCAUCAUUGGGACUAUGGCAGGAUUGACACUGGCAGCCGGAGGAUGGCUCUCAAAUCUGAUCGUGUACCUUAUUCAAGAAUUCAAUGUGAAGAGCAUUGAUGCAGCUCAGGUUUCAAACGUGAUCAAUGGCUCAACCAGCUUUUUUCCAGUCAUUGGAGCCAUCAUAGCUGACUCUUUCUUCGGCUCAUUCCCAGUUAUCUCAGUUUCUUCAUUCAUUUCUUUGCUGGGGAUAUCUAUUUUAGCAUUAACUGCAACGGUUGGUUCGUUAAAGCCCCACCCUUGUGUGAUCGGAGACCAAUGCCAACCCACCACCAAACUUCAACUCGCAAUCUUAUACACAAGUAUAACUCUGGCAUCAAUUGGCUUGGGUGGCACACGCUUUACAUUGGCAACAAUCGGAGCUAAUCAAUUUGAUAAGCCUAAGAACCAAUCCUCAUUCUUCAACUGGUUUUUCUUCACCUUUUAUGUUGCUGCAGUGGUAAGUGGUACUGUCAUUGUGUACGUUGAGGACGAUGUGGGAUGGAAAUGGGGAUUUGGCCUAUGUGCCAUUGCCAACCUUUUCGGCUUGGCCAUUUUCUUGUCUGGGACCCGAUUCUACCGUUUUGAUAAGCCGCAAGGCAGUCCGUUCUCUGGAUUAGCUCGUGUUAUUGUUGCUACUUUUCGGAAACGGAAUCUCCAGAUCUCAUCUGAUGAAAGAAAAGAUUUUUACUACGGGCAAGAUGCAGUGGCUGCACCACCUAGCAAGACCAUCAGGUUCCUUAACCGUGCAGCACAGAAAGUUGAAGGAGACAUUAAACCAGACGGUUCACUUCUGAAACCAUGGAAACUGUGCACAGUCCAACAAGUAGAAGAUUUCAAAACCGUUGUGAGAAUUUUGCCAUUGUGGUCAAGUAGCAUAUUCUUAGGUACCCCAAUAGCAGUACAAUCCAGCUUGACUAUACUCCAGGCUCUUACCAUGGACCGCACCGCCGUCAUCGAUAGGUUCUUAUGUCCCCUGUGGCAGAAGUUGACUGGUCGGUUUCCGAUGCCCUUCCAACGGAUAGGGUUAGGCCAUGUACUAAGUGUGCUCGGCAUGGCUGUUUCAGCACUGGUCGAGUCCAAAAGGCUCAAAAUCACCAAAGACCACCAUCUCCAGGAUCAGCCAGGUGCUAUCACCCCAAUGCUGGCUUUGUGGCUCUUCCCACAGUUGAUUUUGGUAGGCGUUGGAGAGGCAUUUCAUUUUCCAGGACAAGUUGCAUUGUAUUAUCAAGAAUUUCCCGUGUCUCUGCGGACUACAUCGACUGCAAUGAUAUCGGUGAUCAUUGGGAUUUCGUUUUAUCUAAGCACGGGUAUAAUCGAUUGUGUUCGGAGGGUUACAAGUUGGCUACCAGACGAUAUAAACAAUGGGAAGCUAGAGAAUAUGUAUUGGUUGUUAGUUGUGGUUGGGGUGGUGAACUUUGGUUAUUAUUUAGUCUGCGCAAACUUGUACAAGUAUCAAAAUGCAAGCGACGCGGACAGCUCUGAUGAUAAGUGAUGUAGCUGGUUGAUAAAGCCAUCAUAGAUCGUUAAUGCAUGUAGUCGAUCUGUAUGAGGAAAGCUUUUAUUGUGUUCUCUAUUAAUUAUUAUGUGUUAGUGAUGAAGAACAAUGUCUCU